AUGGGCGCCAUUUACGAGCCAGCCGCGCCGUCAACCCCAUGCAUCGUUGUGGCCACAACGCCGCCGCAUUCCUGUGACGCUACCCUAAUGCCUCGCUGUUUUCCACGCAAUCGAAGCGAUAGGAGGAUCUUGCGAAUCUUCCAAGCCAACGUAGGCAAGAUUCCGCCGGCACACGAUUGUGCCCUUGCGUUGGCCGACUCGGAACAAUACGACAUUAUUUUGUUGCAGGAGCCAUGGACAGGACUGAAAGAUGGCCGAUGCCUCACUAAGACGCAUCAGGCCUACGACACCUUCUCACCCGUCAACGACUGGGACGGCCGCGACACUCGCCCGAGAGUCAUGACAUACGUCCGGCGUUCCGCAGGUCUCGUCGCUGAUCAAAAGAGACCUGCGGCGACUCGUGACAUCCUUUGGCUCACCGUCAACGGCAUAACAGUCGUCAACUUCUAUCGGCAGCCGUACCACGACGGAGCCCUUGAAAUCUUGCUUCAGUGGACCGUACCGGACAAGUGUCUUGUUGCUGGUGAUUUCAAUGCCAAACAUCCCAGCUGGCAGGCCGGUCGACGAGAGGACCGCGGCGAAGAAAUAGCGUUUUGGGCAAUGGACAAUCGACUCGGCUUACUGAAUCCUGUCGAUGUCCCGACCAACGCACACGGCAAUACGGUUGAUCUCGCCUUCUGCAACAUACCUCUGGCCGACGCUGUUGUCGAGGAUCAUCUAGCAACCGGCUCCGAUCAUUUUACCCUUAGUAUCACGCUGCCAGGACAAGUUCUGGCACCCCUUCCAAUAGGAAAGAUCCAUCUCAACUCCGACGAGGAAUUGAAGCGAUUCAUUGAAUUAGUGGAGGCCGGUGCCGCCUUCAUCCCGAUCACCACGGCAUCUCCUUCCGAGCUCGACAGCUUUGCGUCGGCGCUCGUCCGUUUCAAGCUCCUCCUGCAAAUUGACGACCGAGUGUAUGAGACGCAGCUGGAAAAGGCCACCGCCUUGCGACAAGCCACUCUGGAACGGCGCACGGCGAACGACGACAUCCCAGAUCCGUGGAUCUCCGUGAACACAGAUAGGACGAUACCCUUCACCGACCGAGUCUCUCCGGAGGAGACCCGCGACGCCACGCUACGCACCGGGAAUACGUCCCCUGGUCCCGACAAUAUUACGGUGCGGAUGCUCCGCGCUGUCUGGCAUGCGAUCGGAAGUCUCGUCCACCAGCUAUAUCAAGGCUGCCUCAGGAUUGGCCACCAUCCGAAGCCCUUCCGAGAAGCAGAAGUGGUCAUGAUUGCCAAGCCGGGGCGCAGGGAUCUCUCUACACCCCGCGCUUGGCGCCCCAUCUCCCUUUUGUCCUGUCUCGGCAAGGGCCUCGAGCGGCUCAUCGCACGGCGUCUAGCGUGGGCCUCGGUCCAUUUCGGCGUACUACACCCACAACAAGCCGGCGCGCUCCCGAAGAGAUCGGCCGUGGAUCUCGUUGCUGCCUUGAUUCAUGACAUCGAGGAGGCAUUUGCCUGCAAGCAGGUUGCAACAUUGGUGACUUUGGACAUUCAGGGCGCCUUCGACACAGUCCUCCGCAACAGAUUGAUCAUUCGCCUACGGGACUCAAAAGGGCGUUUCGGCUAUGCGGACGACACUGCCAUCCUUUGCGUCGGCGAUAGCCUGGAUGAGACGUCCGCCGAAGCAUCUCAUCAUGUGCGUGAGCUUGUAUCGUGGGGCGCCGCCAACAGGAUCUCCUUCGACCCUGAGAAGACAGAAGUGAUGCACUUCUCUCGAACGACGCCCAAGACGGCGCCGCCAGUGCUCCAUGGCGAAUUUGAGAAACGGCCGGGCCGGGCGAUGCGUUGGCUCGGCGUCUGGCUCGACAGCACUCUGUCUUUCAAGACUCAUGUCGAGAAAUGGACGGCCAAAGCGCAAGCAGUCGCCUUCCAUCUCAGGAGACUGACAAACACCAGGCAUGGUCCUCUACCGAGCGCUGUGCGACGAGCGGUCUGCGCUUGCGUCAUUCCAGUGCUGCUCUACGCGGCGGAGGUCUGGUAUCCUGGUUCUACGCGCCCGCGCUGGACCAAGCCGGGCAAGGAAGGACCGUCCAGGAUCGGACACCUCGUAAAGAAGAUGAGCAAGGCACUCUACACAUCUCUUCGGGCUAUCCUGCCAGUGUGGAGAACUACACCAACGAAUGUUCUGCACCGGGAGGCAGGGAUACCGCCGGUCCCUCUGCUGCUCGAGGCGCGCCGGACUGCAUUUGCUGCGCGUCUCAAAUCCUGGACGAAGCUCAUCCGCUCGUGA